AUGCGUAGCGCGGUGGUGGACGAAGUCUUCGUUCUGCUGGUAAUUGAUUUGGAAAACGGGAGAUGGAUAUAUGACAUGGUGAGAGUGCGCUGCCUGAUUGUGAAAGGCAAAGAAAGAGGACACGUGAAUGGGCAUGGAGGAGAAGAUGACAAGCCAACCUCAAACUGCGCUAGUCUGGUUUGGGUUGUUAGCAAAAACAGCAGCAGCAACCUGCAACCACCAAACGAGACAAACUCGCCGCUGUCAUCUACACACGCGCAACCCUUUUUAAUAUCACUCUCUUCACUCUCACCUCACUUUCAUCCUGCCCACUACGCCUUUUUACUGCGCCCCCUCCCCCAUCUAGACACCACACCCGCCAUUCCCCCCUCCCCCCCUUUACCCUCGACAGACCCCACCGCACUUCACGGCUCGAUGGCUUCGCAAGCUCCUAACCAACCGCGCCCUUACCCGGGCAACUACCUCCCCAAUGGUGGCGGGCCUGGUGCUCCCUCUGGGCCGGCGCCUGGUGCUGUCCCACUGCUCCCCAACCAGGGCCGCGUGAUCCAGCAGGGCAGCGCUCGAGUGCUUUGCAUUGCAGACGUACGAGGAAAUCUGCAAUCGCUGAAUCAGCUCGCAGCCGACGCACGGGCAAACUACAUCAUCCACACGGGCGACUUUGGUUUCUACGAUGACCGCUCGCUCGACCGCAUCGCCGAGAAGACCCUAAAGCACGUUGCGCAGUACUCGCCUCUCUUGUCCGACAACGUAAAGCGCUCCAUUGCUCAGGCGCCACCGCAGCCCCCCAUCAAAGAGCGAUUUGCGCGCGAGCAUCUGCCCCUGUCCGAACUGCCACUCUUCCUGAACAAGACACACACCCUCAACGUCCCUGUCUACACGGUAUGGGGCGCCUGUGAAGACGUGCAGGUGCUGGAGAAGCUUCGAUCGGGAGAGUACAAGGUGGACAACCUGCACAUUAUCGAUGAGGCGCACUCGAGACUGCUCGACGUCGGCGGCGUCAAGCUACGAUUACUCGGCCUGGGUGGCGCUGUCGUCAUGCACAAGCUGUUCGACAAUGGCGAGGGUAGGACAACAAUAGCGGGAGGACAGGGCACCAUGUGGACCACGCUGCUACAGAUGGGCGAACUCGUCGACACCGCGAACCGUGUAUACGACCCCACCGAGACCCGCAUUUUUGUCACGCAUGCAUCUCCCGCACGUGAGGGCCUGCUGAAUCAGCUCUCGGUCACGCUCAAGGCCGACUUCUCCAUAUCCGCAGGUCUGCAUUUCCGCUAUGGUAGCUCAUACAACGAGUUCAGCGUUAACCCCACGCUCGACCAUUACCGCGGCAAGCUCGCUGCCUCCAAAGCCUCGUUCAACGAUGUUUGGGACACAGUCAAGACCGAGGUUGAGCCCGCAGUCGCCGACAGCGAUUCGCAGCAGCGUCUGCUAGCCCUUGCCCUUGACAUUGUAAACAAGAUGCCUACUGUGGCCAAUGGCGGUAACCCAUUCGGCGGCCCGGCACCUGGUCCACAGAGCGGUGUCAUUGAUGAGAGCGCAUUCAAGAAUAUGUGGAACUUCAACCUUGCAGACGCAGCAUAUGGAUGGCUUGUGUUAGAUAUAGACAAUGGUAGGAUUGGAACUGAGAUGAGAGCACAAGGUUUCAACUUUGCUCAUCGCGGUGGGAAACCUGUCCCCGGUCUGACUCAGCCUGUUGUCACCAACACCUCCACCGCCCCGCCUGCAACAGCUCCCAGCCCUGCGGGGCCAUCGCCCGCCCAAGGUCGUCCCGGUGGUCCUCCUGUGAAUGCGCCUCAGCAACCUCGCCCCGCGGUUGCCACUCCGCCAAUUGCCCAGGCACAGCAGCAGCAGAUGAAGGCCGGCCAGCCAGCACGCAGCGGACCCUCUCCAGCGCCAGCCGCUACACCAAAAGAGCCAGCAAAGGCGGCUACCCCACAACCUAACAACAACAACGCCUCUGCCAACAGUGCUGCAGAAAAGGCCACUUCAAGCGAGGCAAAGCCCAACGGUACUGCAGCCCCCGAGAAGACUGCUUCUCCUGCUCCGCGUGAGCUGGCCGAGCGCAAGGAGAGUAAGGGUCUGUUCAUUGCCGGUGUCAAGGACGAGGAGGAAGCCAAGAGCCUUAUCGCAGAAGAAGACAGGCCCAAGAUCGAAAAGCUCGAAAAGAUAAAGCAUUUCUUCGUCGCCCACUUUGCCACAUCAAACGAUAUGCACAAUGCCCUUCGCCGGGUUGCAGAUGAUGUGCGAAAUGCCCGUGGAGGUCCUGAGAAGCAAACUGUCAAGAUCUUCAACGAGCGUCCUGGGAAUAACAGCAACAACCCCAACGCCACUCGCUAUGGAGCUGGAAACUGGCAGGCUAGUACCCGUGGCGGUGCUCCAGGCACCGGCUACCGGAGCGGAGGUGCUUCGGACAGUGAAGGUGGCCGUGGCGGUCGCGGAGGUCGCGGAGGUCCUGCUCGCGGUGGUCGCGGUGGAGAACGAGGCACACGUGGAGGCGGCCGUGGCGGAAGGGGAUCUUUCAGGGGUGGGGCCGGCGAAGGUGCUCCCGCAGCAUCAACGGGAGGCGAGUCAUAA